AUAAAAAACGUUUAGUUGUAAUGUGUCACAGCUAUGAGUGCUAUUAAGGAGUUCUUUAAGGAGGAGUGCCAACUCCAUAUGGUUGGUUUAGAAUACCAAAAGCCAUCUCAUUUUUUUCUAAGCGCUUGGCAAAAUACGCGCUCACCAGUGCCACUUUUAAUAUGGAGAAUUCUGCUGUUCUUGACUUCUGUAGGCAUCGUCCUUACUUCCUUUAUAACGUAUGUUUUAAGCCCCAUUUCUAUAGGAUUCUGGUUUAUAUAUCUGACUCACUGGGGACUACUUAUGAUGAUGCUUGCAACUGGAUUUGGAGUAGGAAUCUCAGCUCGUUGUUAUUUUUAUGGGCCAAUUGGAACUCAAUUCUCCCUGCCGUGGUAUAUUAAAACCUACUGGAUUUUAUAUAACAUCUCAGUACCGCUGGCUUUUCUCAUCACUGUUUUUUACUGGACAUUACUAUAUGAAGAGGGCGUAGAAGAGGAAGUGAGUCGAGGUCUCGACAUAGCCAUACAUGGAAUUAACUCUCUUGUAAUGUUUCUUUUACUACUCGGCUCGUCACACAAAACUCGAAUUGUACACGUAGUGCAUCCCAUCAUCUUCUCCUGCAUCUAUGUGGUAUUUAAUCUCAUAUACUACAUCGCCAAUGGAACUAAUCCGUUAGGUGACCCAUACAUAUAUCCUGUGGUAUAUUGGGGCAACCCGGGGACUGCGAUACUAGUGAUAUUUAUAACACUCUUACUGCUAGUAAGCUUGCACUUCGUUACUAUUGGAAUGGCGGCAGCACGAGACGCCAUUGCCAACAAGAUUUUGCGACCUUCAGUUACGGUCCACGCUCAGGAGGACAUUACGUUGAGGACCAGAGGGGAAGCGACAGUUUAAGCUGAUCUACGUCCGAAUAAAUUAGAUUUCAAUAUGUUUCUUUUAGUCGCUUUAUACGUGUGCACAGAUUUAAUUAAUAAUGAAAAAUGUCUAGAAAAGCCUGCAUGCAGCGUUAAUCCUAAAGAUAAAAUACUUCUUCAAUUGAAAAUUUAUCCAUAUUUUGAUAUGGAUCAGAUUUGUAAUUUGGUACAUUAUCAUAAGCAGUUCUUCAAUAAGUUUUAUGAUAACUUAAUUAUAUGUGUAAUAAACUUGAUACAUUAGCAGUAGAAAUAUUCCCAUCGAUUUUGUCCCGAAUAUUAACUAUAUUGGUAGAUGUUUGAAUUUGAAUAAUGUAUUAUUUUAUUCAUUUACUCCCAAUCAUGUGUUUGUUAUGUAUACGUAACAAACACACUUUUAAUUAUAAUUUAAUCCACGGUUUGUUACAUACGUUUUGCAAUGUUCCGUAGUCAUAAAUAAUUGCGCAAACUCGUCUGUCGAAAGAGAAGUUCAAAAUGUCAGUCAGUAGAACAGGCCGACGUUCAAUACUUUUCAAAUAUAAUGUAAAAAAAAGAAAAAAAAAUUGAUUUAGAAAACGUCACCUAAAGUUAGGUUUUAUUCACCAUUGUAUAAUGUUGCUGUUUCAUUCUUAACUUGGACUUCCAGUCGUUAACUAAAAGAGGCUUUAAAAAUCAUAUAAAAACAUAACAAUAAUUUCACAAUAUCUAUGCAAGUCAUAAAUAUAUCAAAUGUUUAUAUUCAUUGCACGAAUAAUACUUAUAAUAUUUUAUAUAUUUUGUAUAAUACAUAUUAAAUGUUACACAAUCUCAAAUUCCUCAAAUACCUCUAUGAACUAAGAAGGGCUUAUCGCUCUCUGAUUUGUGGGUGCUCUCAAAUGAGAAAUUAAGUGAUUUUUACCUCACGUCAUGGCAAAAGGGAGAGUCUCCGAUACCUAUGCUAGCCAUGAGGUUUAUGCUGGCAGCUGCGGCGGCGG